GCCGCUGAUUGGUCAAAGGGGGAGAGGGGGCGUGGCCAGCAAAGACAAGGAAGCAGUUCUUUUCCAAACUGGGGGAAGAGGAGAGCUGGAAGGAAGGAAGGAAGGUAACGCGUUGCCUGCAGUGUCGUUACUAGGAACUCGUUACUUUUGGGCAGUCAAUCUGCUUUAGUUCACCCAAAUAAUGCCUCGCCGAAAAACAAACUUAGGUCGCUAUAGUCGCUGUAUGCAACUGAAGCGAAAAAGAGCUGCAAAUCAAACCGAGGAAGAAAAGGCAUCAGAAUUGAAGCGAAGGAGACAACAAUUGGCGAAAAUACGUGCCAAGGAAACGCCAGAACGACGUGAAGCCAGGCUCGAGGAGGCACGGGUGCGAGCGCGGCAAUAUCGUGUUGCAGCUGCAGCGAAGCUUCGAAGUGAACAGAGAAAACUGGAGAGGCUGGAGAGGCAGAGACUGGCUGAACAACUUGAACGAGAAAAAGUGGCUCGGCGCCAAACCAGACUCCGUCCUCGGCGAUCAAGGCCACCCCUACGGUGGGUGGUGAAGGAGGGGGAAAACGGAAGUGAGGUGGUGUUGAGCGAAAGCGAGUGGAGCCUCCCUUCUCUUCGUCCUUCUCUCUCAGGCAAAGAUGGGAGGGUGAGUGUGAAGAAGGAAGAAAUGUCAGAUGCACCGGUUGACAACGUUCAGCAUGGACACGAGGAGGGGAAAGCAGGGAAGAGGAAAGGCGCAGGGAGGAGAGGCCAAGCCAAGAAACACUUGCUUUGACAAUCAAUCCUUUCCCGGUUAGAUGAAGAGAAAGCUCAGGGAUCUGCCGAGUGUGAACAGACCUACUGCAUGAAUGCGCAGGAAUCUCAAAUACUUUGCACAGUAGAGAAGCUAUAUCAGUAUUAUAUAGGGUGUGGAAAGCAGUUCGGUUCCUACGGUUGUGUGGUUUCACGUAAAAAUAACCGCAAAGGGGAGAAACCGUAUCAAUGCCAGGAGUGUGGUCAGAGUUUCCGGCUGAAAGGUGAACUCAUAUCACGUCAAGGAACGCACCCGGGGGACAAACCGUACAAAUGCUGUGAGUGUGGAAAGAGUUUUCCUGGGAAGACAGAGCUUAUUAAAACUAAUACUGUUU